CCAACCUCGAUGCGCAUUCAUCGCGCGGCCGGACUGGCUGCCUUGUCGGCCGUGUUCAAGGUUUAUGCGGACUAUAAACAGCAAUAUCCGGACGCUUAUGCACCUCGAUUUGGUGAACACGACCCGUCACCCUACUUCACCCUCAAUCAUCGAUGGAUGAACCCGGAGAUACCGGAACAAGAAGAGGACUUGGAACAACAUCUAUGA